UUGGUAAGCAUGGCAGUCCAAAUUAAGAACCCAGCUGGUACUCACGUAUACUCAUACAAAGGAUUAAUGUCUUAAUUAAUCACUCAUACAAACCUAGCUAUUAUUUAUUUGCAAUGCUUAACUACGUAAAGACAAACCCUUUGUAAAUAGGGAAAGAUGUAAAUUUUAGAGGAAUGAUUAUGCUUUCACCCAUCAAAUGGUUAAGGAUGUUGCUUUCUUCCAGGGUCACUAUUUUUCUGUAUAUUAAUCAACUUUAGUAAGAUUUUCUUAUUGUUUAAAGAAAAGUAAUAAUCGAGUUGAGAGAAAUGGUUGAAGACAAGGCUUGGAAGCUACCAAAGCACUUGAGAUCAGUGGUCCUCUUAUGAGUAAACCCCACGUUAAAUUUCCGGCACAUUUUUCUCUCUCUUAGUUCACUCAUUCUCUCUAAAACCUGCAUCAUACACGUAUGAUAUAGUCAAUUAAGAGAAAUAGUUCUACUUUUAAUUAUGAAAAUGGAGAAGCAAAUAUAAGGAAGCUAUAGCACACAAAUUCAAUGGUGAGGUCUGCUAUUGAGAAGGUCAAGGAACGGUAGGAUGGGCCAUCACUGCUGCAGCAAACAGAAAGUCAAGAGAGGGUUAUGGUCUCCUGAAGAAGAUGAAAAGCUCGUCAAUUACAUAACCACCCAUGGCCAUGGUUCAUGGAGUUCUGUUCCAAAACUUGCAGGCUUGCAGAGGUGUGGAAAGAGUUGCAGAUUAAGAUGGAUAAACUAUUUGAGACCAGAUCUCAAAAGGGGUUCGUUUUCCUCACAAGAAGAGAGAAUCAUCAUUGAUGUUCAUAGGAUUCUUGGCAACAGAUGGGCUCAGAUAGCCAAGCAUUUGCCUGGCAGAACAGACAAUGAGGUCAAGAACUUUUGGAAUUCUUGCAUUAAGAAGAAGCUCCUUGCACAAGGUUUAGAUCCCAACACUCACAAUCUCCUUCCUUCUCACAAAACUAAUGAUAUUCACAACAAUGGCUGCAAUUUCUCUCAUACUAAUCCCAAACCCACUUCACUUUUCUCUGUAAAUUCACUAAUGACAGAUGCUUCUGUGGACAUGAACACACCAUUUUCCACAUUACUUUCUUUUCCUCCUACCGAUAAUAACUUUUCCAGCCCAACCAUACCAAUCUAUGAACUCCUAAACCCUAAUGCUGUAUGGACAAACCAAGAGCAAAAUCCAAGUUCUUUAAUGGGAAGUGCUUCAUCAGCAUCUUCUUCUCUCUUAAACCCAUCUGGUUUUGAUAGUGUACAAGAGAACUGCAUGUGGAGUGGUAGCUUUCAACCAAUGGAGAUCACAAAACAAGAUGAAAUGUUGCAGCCAGAGCAACAACUACUGAAGCCACAGCUAGAGAUGAAGGACAGUGAAGUGGAAAUUAAGAAGGCUGAUAAAUUGAGUGAUGAGCAGAACAAUAUGGAUGCUUCAUUUGUGAACUCAAACUUUGAUUUUGAUUUUAUGGAGUCCACACUAAUGCCAUGCGGUAUGUUUUACAAUGCUAGUCCAAUGGAUCAAUUUGCAUGGGAUUGUUAGCUUAGCUCCCUCUUCAUCACUAUAUAUGGAGCUCAUCUAACUUUGAUUUUGAUUUUGUUGUGUCUAGACUCUAGACUCUACAGUACUAAUUAAUUUCUUGUGAGUAUGGUAUGUAUUAUAAUGUGACCCCCGUGGAUCAAUUAAUUUGCAUGGGAUUGUAAGCUUUCUUUCCCUCUCCUCCUUUUCUAA